AUGUCCAAAUUGACCGCACCUACCAAGGUCCUUGAGAUCUUGAAGGCAGGAUUCCAUGUUCAGGUCCUAUUCAUCAACCAGAUAAGCGGUAUCCAGGAGCCAAAGACAACUGUCGGCUCAGGUGCUUUGGCUGGUGGCGGGGUAAACCUCGAGCAGAUGGAGCUGAAGGCUUUCCGUCAUAAGCUCGGAAAGGCAGUAGACUCCAAAUGGUCGUUCAGCUUUGAGAACUGCGCUCCUGUGGAGGAUGGCAAUACUCUGCUGUACUACCUGAGCUUGGUCGAGGGCAAUAUGAAGAAGUUGCAAACCCUAGAUGGAGGCGAUGCGGCGGCGGAUCUUGCGACACUUCCUGUGCUGACGGUGUAUAUGGCUGUCGGAAACUCCAUGGCACCACCACCAACCGGAUUUGGAGCGACUUGGGCGCAGAACAAGAAAGCCGACGUUGAUUUUACAGACAGAAACGCCUCCGCACUGAUCGCUCCGAUUCUGUCAGCCAAUCACAAGGCGGAAUACAUCACUGAGACUGCAUCGAUAGGGUCUGAAAUGGUUCCUGCAAAUGGAGGAAUGUUAGACUGCGUUGUCGACUUCUCUGACGCAGACUGGAACAAGAUUAUGAUGCUCAACAAGACGCUGUAUGCUUUCGAUGUGCGUGGGAAGAGUCUGGAAGUGACCAGCGCCAGACUCCCUGCUUUUGAGCUUAACCUAGAGAACAAGGAUAUCUUCCAGGGGGUACAUCUCCGCCCUUUCGUGGAGAUCAAUGAUGCCCCCCACAUUGACAUUGCUGAGGUAAGCACAGAGUUCCAAAACUCACUCGCCGAUAACGCCUUCUCUGCCAGAGCGGUAGACACAAUGGUCAGCGGAGGCAAUCCGAUGUUUUCAGCUAGCCUGUCCGCCGGACUGAAGUCAGAGACAUCUCGAGGUUCUGGAUCUAGUGAGGGCUGUCAGAAGAAAAGUUACCUGGCGACGUACAAUUUUCCACGCGUGAAGCUAUUCUUGGACGAAACCACCUUGUCGCCAUCGCCGUACCUGGAAGCAGCCUUGGCUGUCUUGUUUGCUUAG